AUGCCUUUCUUGGCCAUCCAGAAAAGGUUCGGCCUUAACAUAGAUCAAUGGUGGACAAUCCAGAGUGCUGAACAGCCCUACAAGAUUGCUGCUCGAUGCCAUGCUUUUGAAAAAGAAUGGAUAGAAUGUGCAUAUGGAAUCAGUGUUAUCCGGGCAGAGAAAGAGUGCAAGAUAGAAUAUGAUGAUUUCGUAGAGUGUUUGCUUCGGCAGAAAACGAUGAGACGUGCAGGUACUAUCAGGAAGCAGCAGGAUAAGCUGAUAAAGGAAGGGAAGUACACCCCUCCACCUCACCACAUUGGCAAGGAGGAGCCUCGGCCCUGAGCAGAGCAGCUGCUGAUGUCUGGAGGCUGAAUUUCCUGUUCUCUGUUCCUCACUGGAAAGAUUG